AUGAUCUUGCGCUUCACCAGUCGUAUUGGCCAGUUCCGCCUGAACGUCGAGCCUUCGACUGAUCUUUCGACUUUACUUCCCCAAAUUGUGGAUAAGCUCACUCCAGAGACGGUUCCUUCAUCAGUUGCCAUAAGUCCACAGCGUGGCGGCCAGUCGCGAUCUCUUGAGAGUCUCAAGGGCGUCACUGUUCAGAAACUCGGCCUUGCAAAUGGCGCCCAGAUCUUCAUCGAAUUCAGCGAAGGUCAAGCUCCGACCAGCGACCAACCUCCCGCUCCUUCCAACGCCUACAGACUGAACGGCAAGGAAGUCACUGCCCAGGAUACCGCCACCAUCGCCAUUCCCAACCUGACUGCUCAGACACGUGUCGACAACCCUUGGGACACUGUCAAGCAGUUGCCGAUCGACGAUGCUUUGGACAAAGAGAAUGGCAAGAUCAAGAGACCUCGCGACACAAGAAUGUGCAGACACGGCCCCAACGGCAUGUGCGACCACUGCCAGCCCAUCGAGCCAUACGAUGCCGGCUAUCUGGCCGAGAAGAAGAUCAAACACCUCUCAUACCAUGCAUACCUCCGCAAAGUGAACCAAGGAAAGAACAAGUACGAGUCUGGAAGUUCUUGGAUGCCUCCCCUCACUGAGCCAUACUAUCGCGUCAACCCAAACUGCCCUUCAGGUCACAAGCCUUUCCCUGCAGGUAUCUGCACAAAAUGCCAGCCUAGUGCCAUCACUCUACAGCCUCAACCUUACCGCAUGGUCGACCACGUCGAGUUUUCUUCUCCCGCGAUUAUCAACAAGAUCCUCGACUUCUGGAGAAACUCGGGUGCUCAAAGAAUCGGUUUCAUGUACGGCCGCUACGAGCCCUACGCCGAGAUCCCUCUUGGUACGAAAGCUGUCAUCGAAGCUAUCUAUGAGCCUCCUCAGGUAGAUGAACUGGACGGCGUCACACUCAACGACUGGGCAAACGAGAACGAGAUCGACAAAGUCGCUUCACUUUGCGGUCUUCAGCGGGUCGGUGUCAUCUUCACCGACCUGAUCGACUCGGGCAAGAAUGACGGUACUGUCGUAUGCAAACGUCAUGCCGACUCAUACUUCAUGUCGUCGCUCGAGAUCAUGUUCGCUUCGAGGUUCCAAGCAAAGUACCCGCGUCCCUCGAGAUGGAGUGAGACAGGCUCGUUUGGCUCCAACUUUGUGACCUGCAUCAUCACUGGUGACGACGAGGACCAGAUCGCUGUUCAAGCUUAUCAAGCAUCCGACUCUGCUGUUGAAAUGACACGGGCUGACAUUAUUGAGCCAUCCGCCGAUCCGACAGUCAUGCUAGUACAGGAAGAAGACCAGGACUCGGAGUUGGGUCGCACGCGAUACAUCCCAGAAGUCUUUUACCGCCGCAUCAACGAAUAUGGAGCAAACGUGCAAGAAAAUGCCAAACCAUCUUUCCCUGUCGAUUACUUACUGGUCACGCUCACCCACGGUUUCCCCUUGCAAGCCAAGCCCUUGUUCACAAGUGAGGAAGGCUUCGUUGUUGAGAACAGAGAAAUGCUUGGUCAAUCUCAAGAGCACAGAGCUUUGAAGACGUUCUUGAGUAGAGUCGCCAGACUUGAUACCGCCGAUGGAGUUCAGAAGAUGUCAGACUUCCACGUCCUAUGUUUCGUGCAUACUAUGGGCGUUUUGAGCGAGGAUGAGUUCCGUCUCCUUUGUCAAGUGGCAACGCAGAAGGACACGAGCCUCGGUGCAGCGUUGCAGCAAACACCAGGUUGGGCCACACUCCAAACGAUCCUUGACAUGUAG